CCAGCCGUCUGCAGCCGUGGGAAUAAUUCUCAUCCUAAUAUCGAUACACGUAUUUUUUUUGUUCUUUCUGCUUGGUUGAUUCUUUGCAGACGUCUGAUGAUUGUUCCGAGACCUCGAGAUAAACAACUCCAAAUAAAAAACAGAGUUAUCGGGAAUUACUUUGUAGGCUAGUUCUCAAUGCAGUCUGGCCAAGAGGUGAUUCAAAGUAUUAAAAGUACACAUUUUCGAGGCAUUUUAAGACUUGAUUUUAUUUUGUUCAUUCUCCAAGUAGAAGUGAUAGUGUUUCAAUGAACGAUCUCAACAAAAACAAUAGUGCUAGAAACUUGUUGAUUACCUCGCUAACAAGUUGACGAUAAAGUGAUCAUUCAAGAAAAACGCAAAAGUGUGAUUCAAAUGGUUUGUUUCAUUCCCAUCCGACUUUUCAUUCAUCUUUUGGAUUAAUAAGUGUCUAUUUUGUGAUUCCUUUAUAACUUCUGACUAGCAUGACUAUGGAUAUACCGUGAUAAUUCCUGGUGAUGAUCUCUUUCAGAACAGUCAAGGGAAGCAACUGUCACGACUAAACUACGUCUGCUUGAGAGGCAGACGUUGUCAUAACAUUGGCAUCCAAAUGUCUCAAAUAUCGUUAUUUUCUUUUUACAAAAUACUAAACCGGUAAUUCCAAUGAUUAGCUAAUAUUUUGAGAUUGAUUUUUAGAGUUAAUACUAGAGUAUAGUUUCCGUGGCAUUAUGUAGAUGUAAUGAACUAAUGAUCCUAACAAGAACAUACCGAUAUCAUUGGACAAAGCAGAGGUCUAGAUUACUUUGAACUCCGAAUAUGAAACAAAGCCAUGUUGAUCAAGAAGCGGAUGUACUACGAAGUUGCUGGUCAGACUUAUUCGAUAUUUGUUAUGUGGAUUAAAAAUAGAAUUUUACUUUAACUUUUCUAAUUUUAGAAUGAGAAUUAUAGCUUUCAGGAUUUGCAAUGGAUACAUAAUAUUCAACAUCCUAUGGAAGAUAUUAAUAGCUUUUGCUCUAGCUUCUGAGUCGAAUAAUUAUGGUGGACUUAAGGAUAUAACUUACAUCGAUAAACAAAGUUAUCAAAGGAGUGGAGACAUCACGAUUGGGGUUCUUAUGUCCAUUACGGACUACGUUGGACCUCAGUGCUCGGCCAAAGUGCGCACUGGCUCCGUUUCUCUGGAGUACCCAGAGUGCAUUGCGUUCGCAGUAGACGCUGUCAACCGUGACCAGUCUAUUCUACCAAACAUCACGCUGGGGUUCGUGGUCCUCAACGACUGCGGAAAUGAGAAAAUGGCUUUAGCACAGGCGUUGACCUUUCUUCCCUCUGUGAGAACCGGAGAGGUCACGAAUGGAAGCUCUAGCGCUACAUCGCUGGCCAGCUACGAUGUGAUAGGCGUGAUCAGCCCCGCGAAUAGCCAGCCCACGGUCAUGGUGUCUCAGCUCCUUGCCGCGUAUUCCAUUCCAGUAGUGGGCAGCACCGCGACCAGCGACAGCCUCAGCGAUAAGGCAGCCCACCCUUUCUUCCUGAGGGUGGCUCCGCCGGAUAAGUACCAGGUCUCCGCCAUGCUGAGAUUCGUCUCUGACCAGGGCUGGUCCUACAUUUCUUUCCUCUACGUUCAGGGAUCGUAUGGCGAGAAGGCUUUCGACACUUUCAAAGUCUUGUCUCCAUCUUACGGCGUCUGUCUUGCAACAUCUCACAGACUGGACGAUAAAACCAACUAUGACACAGUCACUCAAGACUUGCUGACCUACCGCCGUGCACGCGUGGUCAUUCUCUUCGUCUACUCCACUCAAGCCAAAAACGUUUUUACUUCCCUUGGAAAGUUAAAUAUUUCCGGGCACUUCAUUUUCAUUGCUAGCGACGGGAUGGGAACUAAUUAUAGAAGCAUUUACCAAGGAUAUGAGAGCAAUAUUUUAGGAAUGUUUUCCUUUUCUUAUUAUAUGAGUCUGGUCCAGGAGUUGUACGAAUACAUAAGAGUGAUCAAUGCCUCCGAAUCUACAAACCCUUGGCUCAAACCAGUUUGGGAGAAUAUAUUACAGUGCUCGUUUAGCAAUCAAACUUGCGAUUCGCAAAAGGAUAUCUUACAAGGUUUCGUCUUUUAUCAAACUACCUCUUUGUAUAUAGACACUGUGUUAACUCUCGCUCAUGGAGCCCAUAACCUAAUCACAAGGCUGUGUCCUGGGGCGACGGGAUCUAGCGCCAAGGAGUGUAUUAAUAACGGAUCCUACUACCAGUUUCUAAAAAAUAGUUCGUUCGACAGCUACAACGGGCACGUGCAGUUUGAUUCUGUAGGUGACGUCAAGGGGUCCUAUAAGAUCAACCAGGUCGUGUUCGACUAUCCCAGAAUACCUUUUGUCAAUCUCAGCUCCUCAACGUACGGCCCGGAAGCAAAACUCAUCGGCGUGUACUCCAUAGGGAGUCAGAGGAUUAACUACACGCAGUAUAACAUUCGGUGGGAUCACCUUAACCAAGAGGAGAGUGUAGUGCCGCGAGAGCUCAGACCUAAUGCUCUGAUGGGCGUCCCGGAGUCGGUCUGCAGCCGGCCGUGCACGCCAAGCGAGUACAAACUUCAGAAAGACCCCGCCUGCUGCUGGGAGUGCCGCGAGUGCCGCGAUAACGAAAGGCUCAUCGACAACAGCACCGGGUGCAAGGUGUGUGACAUGUACACCUGGCCAGGUGACAGUGACUUCACCACGUGCCUGGAGAUACCUUUGACGCACCACUCCAUCACGGACACCCUUCCCCUGAUCCAGUUCUGCUUUGGGGUCGCGGCGCUCGUUUGCGCGUGCUUGGUAGUCUUCGCCUACGUCUACUUCCGGGACAUUCGCGUCAUCAAGGCCGCCAGCCGGGAGCUCAGCAUUCUUCAGAUGGUCGCCAUAUUUGUGGGGUACUUCACUGUUAUCUUGUUCCAGUUCUCCCCUACCCCUGGCACCUGCGGGGUGCUGUACUUCACUUUCUGCCUCAGUUUCACCUGGCUGUACGCCCCGCUCCUAGUCAAGGUCAUCAGGAUCUAUCGUAUCUUUGAAAGUGGUAGGACUUCACAUAAACGGCCAAGAUUUGUCAGCCCUCAGUCACAGCUGAUACUGACAGCUUUCCUUAUCGCAAUACAGGUUAUCAUCUGUGUUUACAUCUACAUUGAGUACAAGCCAACAGCUAGAAAAACCCAGCCGAUACUGACGGAGAAAUAUGUGGAGCUCUCCUGUCACAUGACGCUCCCUGGGCUCGUCUCUUUCCUCACCUACAACCUCGUUCUGAUCUGUCUGUGCAUUGUGUUCGCCUUCAAGACCCGGAAGCUGCCGGACAACUUCAACGAGUCCAGGUUCAUUUCGAUGUGCGUGUCCACCACCCUUAUCAUCUGGAUGGCCUUCAUCACGACCUACUUCACGGCCAGCCGGGACUUCGUCAGGGCCAUGGUCCUCUCCGUCACGCUUCUGCUCAACCACUCGGUGGCCAUCGUCUUUCUCUAUGCGCCAAAGAUUUACGCGGCGGUGUAUUUGCCGCCUGAAGACUUCGUGACCACAAGGCCAGGUGUUGGCGGAACUUUCGUGGCAGACGAUCACAGACGUUCUAAUCGGGUCGCCCCUUUAACAUUGCCGACCAGUAUGUCACACAAAUUUUAAAUGUGCUGUUUUUGUUGGAUGUCAUCUGUCGUGCAUAUCAUCAUAACUAUUGUGUUACAAUGAUGUAAUGGCUGUGGAGCUGUUGCCAAUUGAGAAAGAUCUCUUGGAAAACUUGAUGGCACCGAACAUACCAAUUGUAGAAUCAAUGUUACAAGUUAAGCAGCCAAAUAUUUUACGCUGCGUGAGUCUUGCCUCUUCGUCGCUGGAGACAGUGCUAAUAAAAAUCAACAUUCUUAGUCGGUUUAAAAUAAUCAGUGAUUUCAUAGCAAUAAAAGACUGCAUCAUAACAGCCUGUUCAAGUUUUUGUCAUAUGCGUCAACGAUAAGAUAGAGACCAAAGAAGUCAUAUCUAUCUAUCUAUCUAUCUAUCUAUCUAUCUAUCUAUCUAUCUAUCUAUCUAUCUAUCUAUCUAUCUAUCGAUCGAUCUAUCUAUCUAUCGAUCUAUCUAUCGAUCUAUCUAUCGAUCUAUCUAUCGAUCUAUCUAUGUAUCUAGUUACCUGCCCAUCCAUCCAUCCAUCCAUCCAUCCAUCUAUCUAUCUAUCUAUCUAUCUAUCUAUCUAUCUAUCUAUCUAUCUAUCUAUCUAUCUAUCUAUCUGUCUGUC